AUGGCCACACCGACAGGAAGUUGCUUCGUUUCGUCCCCAGUGCCGCUGCUUCUGGUGAUGCUGUUCUGCGGUGGCCUUCUGCAGCUGCUUGACGCAAAAUCACUUCCAGCGAGUGAAUUGCACGCAAACGGUGGACGCCGAGAAGCUCGAAACUUGUUCUCUUUUGGAUUGCCGCCCCGGGGAGACCACGUGCAUUACUAUCCUGAGGUUCACCAUCAUCAUUACAAGGACUUUGGCCAUCAUGAGGGAUACCCCGGACACCAUCCGGAGCACUACGAACCGCACUAUGGAUUGGAUUUCGAUCACAAUCGUCAUCACCAUCACCACUAUCAUCACGACAUCCACAAUGGUCACAUCGAUACGCACUACUUCUAG